CUUUCUUUCAUCUAUUUCAGCAGUGUGAUGCGCCUGCACUCGCGCGUUAUGCUGCAUCUUCUGCCUCACCCUCCGCGCUUGCGUACUCUCUUUUCUCUAUAAUUUACCCUUGCCGAUUUCCACGCUCCGUCAAAGCCGCUCGGCUUCUUCUCCUUCUCGUCCUCUGCACGUCAGCUAUAGUUGAAUAGCCUCCCUCACGCGAGUCGCGGAGGAAGCGCGUGGUCUCGCCGAUGCCGGACCUUUACUACUGAAGAGGAGUGGACUCGUGGCUUCGACAGUAGUCGUCCUCAGCACACCACUUUCUAAGCCAAGAUGACCGGACGUGGAAAGGGAGGAAAGGGUCUGGGAAAAGGAGGAGCCAAGCGCCAUCGCAAGGUCUUGCGUGACAACAUCCAGGGCAUCACCAAGCCCGCCAUCCGCCGUCUGGCCAGACGUGGUGGUAUCAAGCGUAUCUCCGGUCUGAUCUACGAGGAGACUCGUGGUGUCCUCAAGGUCUUCCUUGAGAACGUCAUCCGCGACGCCGUGACCUACACCGAGCACGCAAAGAGGAAGACUGUCACAGCCAUGAACGUUGUCUACGCUCUCAAGACACAAGGCCGCACCCUUUACGGAUUCGGCGGUUAAAUUACUUCCUGACCCUUUUAUUCACGAAUUUU